AUGCCCGGUCGUGAGGCCUACGGGAUAGGACGAGGGGGGGUGGAGGGCGUUCGAUCCGAAAUCCCACUUACAUCUGCAACAUGGGAUAAUGUGGUCGGUGGAGGAAGGAUUGGGGAGAUUACCACUUUGGUUCGCUUGGCCACUUGGGCCAGCCUCCUUGCCUCCUUCUGUCUCUCAGAAAAGAGGAUAGCGAUGACUCGAAGAGUGUCUACGGCCAGAGGACGGAGGCAACUAAAGGAUGUAACCGAGUUUUGCAGCACAGACAUGAAGAAGUCCGAUUGUCUUGGAAGACAGAAUGUUUCGACAGGUCCGAGUCUUGUCGGGGCUACUGACCAGACGGAGGCACAAGUGAAACUACAAUCAGGUUUGGUGGUAAUGAAUGGCGGAGUCAAUUUCCCUGUAAACAGCUGA